CUCCAUCUCAGCCAGCUGUUUCUUAAGGAAUAAACAGAAAACAAGGAUAUUUAUUUAUCAUCGCCACAAAAUAUUUAUAUCUCGGAGUUUUCAUCUGCUUUCCUUAGGAGCAUUUAAGCUGUUUGUACUUAGAUAUUUAUUUCUCAUCUGGUUGAAUUUCCUCCUGAGAUGGAAGUGAGAUGUCGUCCAGCGGUGAUGUGUUGUGUUUUCGCCAUCCUCUUCUCCGUGGUUCCCCGCUCGCUGGAGUCCACGUACGGGGACAGGCAGUACCUGAACGAGUGGGCAGUGGAGAUCCCAGGCGGACUGGCCGCGGCAGAGGCGAUCGCCAAAGAGCUGGACUACAAACUGGUCCGACAGAUCGGGGCCCUGGAAGACCAUUUCUUGUUCAAACACCGCAAUCAACCUAGCAGAAUGAAACGAAGUGCCAGCCACAUCACCAGGCGGCUGUCGGAGGAUGAUCGGGUGCUGUGGGCAGAGCAGCAGUAUGAGAAACGUCGCAACAAGCGAGCAUCCCUCGGGGGAUGCAGGGACUGCCCAGUGGAUAAGUUGUUUGACGAUCCCAUGUGGAACCAACAGUGGUACCUGCAAGACACACGGACGUCCUCCUCGCUGCCCAAGCUGGACCUGCAUGUGAUCCCCGUGUGGCAGAAAGGCAUCACAGGGAAAGGAGUGGUCAUCACUGUUCUGGAUGAUGGACUGGAGUGGAAUCACACAGACAUCUACUCCAACUACGAUCCUGCAGCCAGCUACGACUUCAAUGACAACGACCCAGACCCUUUCCCCAGAUACGACUCCACUAAUGAAAACAAACAUGGGACCAGGUGUGCUGGGGAGAUCGCUAUGCAGGCAGACAACAACAAGUGUGGUGUCGGAGUGGCGUUCAACUCCAAAGUUGGAGGGAUUCGUAUGCUGGAUGGGAUUGUGACUGAUGCCAUUGAAGCCAGCUCUAUUGGGUUCAAUCCGAAUCAUGUGGACAUCUACAGCGCUAGCUGGGGACCCAACGAUGAUGGCAAGACAGUGGAGGGCCCAGGCCGCCUGGCCCAGAAGGCUUUUGAAUACGGUAUCCAGAAGGGCCGUGGUGGGAAAGGCUCUAUCUUUGUUUGGGCAUCAGGUAAUGGUGGGCGCCAGGGCGAUAACUGUGACUGUGACGGUUACACAGACAGCAUCUACACCAUCUCAAUCAGCAGCGCCUCCCAGCAGGGUCUGUCCCCAUGGUACGCAGAGAAGUGCUCCUCCACUCUGGCUACAGCAUACAGCAGCGGAGACUACACCGACCAAAGGAUAACAAGUGCUGAUCUGCACAAUGAGUGCACUCAGACUCACACGGGAACGUCAGCCUCUGCUCCCUUGGCUGCUGGAAUAUUUGCUCUGGCACUGGAACAAAAUCCAGAUCUUACCUGGAGAGACCUGCAGCACAUUGUGGUCUGGACCUCAGAGUUUGAUCCUUUGGCCAAUAACCCAGGCUGGAAGAGGAACGGAGCAGGACUGAUGGUCAACAGCCGCUUUGGCUUCGGCCUUCUCAAUGCUAAAGCCCUGGUGGACCUCGCUGACCCAGCCACCUGGAAGCACGUGCCUGAAAAGAAGCAAUGCAUCGUCAGGGAUGAUUCCUUCCAGCCCAGGGAGAUGAAAGCAGCAGGGGAGAUCACUAUAGAGAUUCCAACCAAAGCCUGUUCGGGGCAGGAGAACGCAGUCCGCUCACUGGAGCACGUGCAGGUGGAGGCUAGUAUCGAAUACACCAGGAGAGGGGACCUGCACAUAACACUCACCUCCCCAGCAGGUACCAGUACUGUGCUACUGGCUGAGCGAGAGAGGGACACGUCUUCCAAUGGAUUCAGAAAUUGGGACUUCAUGUCUGUCCAUACAUGGGGAGAAGACCCCGCUGGAAAAUGGACCCUAAAGAUCACAGAUACUUCGGGCCGCAUGCAGAACGAGGGUCGGAUUUUGAACUGGAAGCUGAUUCUUCAUGGGACGUCAGAGAAGCCAGAGCACAUGAAGAAACCAAGAGUGUACAUUCCCUACAACGCUGUGCAGAAUGACCGCCGUGGUGUGGAACAUAUGGAUGACAUGAUGGAGGAGCCCACACAGGCCUAUCCACCUCCAAAGACUGACACUGCACACAGCUCCCUUCCCUCCAAUCCAGAGAAGGAGCCCAAAAAGCCCUCAAAUCCACCCUACUCCCCCUCCCUGGCCCUGCUGCGCCUCCUUCAGACAGCCUUCAACAGGCAGACCCCUGCCCUGCAGCAGCCACAGUCAGCAGCCAGAGCGUCCUCCGCCUGGAGGAAGCAGCAGCCGGGCCGGAGCCUCUCUCCCCCCGCGACAAGACUCCCCCCUCAGACGUUGUACCAGGCUCUGGAUAUGAUCAACAAGUACCGGGGCCCCGAGGACAGUGUCUACAGUGACUACACUGACGGCUUCUACAGCACCAAGCCAUACAGGCACAGAGAUGACCGACUGCUGCAGGCCCUGUUUGAGAUGAUAGAUGAUGACCGCCAGUGAAGGCCGUGAGGAGACGGGAGGAGAAGAAAAAUAAAGGGGGAAGCAUGGUUAUGUGUUGGUUUGGGAGCAGAGGAACAAGGCGAACAGAAGAGAGAGAGCAGAGGGAUGGGAUUGGGCACUGGAGGAGUGGAGGAGAGGAGAAGAAACAUAGGAAAAAGAACUUUUUCACUGAGUUCUGUUUCCCCUCCAAAAUGCUGCAUCUUAUCUCUUUACCUUUAUUUACCAAUAACCAUUUCUUAAUUAAUUUUAUCAUUUAGUCACGCAAAAGUUCAAAACUCAAACUUGUUUAGGGCCUCUCUGCUACAACAUGUGUCUCCAUGUAGUGAAAGUGAAAGCAUUUAAAUCAUGAGAAAGGAGGGGUAUGCCUUGUCUCUCUUCUCUUCACUGCCUGCUCAAGCA